AUGCAGAGAAUACGAAGGGAAGACUACCUCAGAAAGUGUAAAAAACGGGACGACUUCGUUUACACCCACGUGCGGGAUAUACUCUCCCACCAGCCCUUCGACGAAAUUUUAGAAUAUCAAAAUGGGGAUGUCUACCUCGGCACGACCAAGAACAGGAAGCGACACGGCUAUGGCUACUACAUUUACAAGGAGAUUCGGAGCGUCUAUCAGGGCGAAUGGAUCGAAAAUGCGAAAAGCGGCUACGGGACGUUGUAUAACCGGCAAGGAAUUGUCUACUCUGGCGAAUGGCUGAACAACAUUUCCCACGGGUUUGGAUGCACGUACACAAAUGAGCGGCUCUUCCUUGGGACGUACAAAUUUGGACUGAUGAAUGGAGUGGGCAUUUUAAAAAAAAACAGCAGUUACAACUUCUGCUUGUUCGAAUCGAACAGGAAGAAAUGCAAAAUUAAGAUAACCAAAUAUAUGGACAUAUAUCUUCACUAUUAUAAAAAGGACAGACUUUUUUUGAAGGAAAAUUUAAGUGCCUUUUUCCCUGUGUACGCUGACAGUACCAUCUCACGUUUGGUACGCAAGCAAAUUUUUGACCACCUAUUCGCCGUAGACAUAUCGUUUUGGCGAUUUUUUACAAAGGGGGAUGGAAAUGCGGCCAGAAAUGUGACCCGAAAUGCAGACAGAAAUGCGGGCGAGGGCAGCCCCAGUGGAGGCUUCCUAAGCUACGUAAACUAUGAAUCGAGGAUGAAUUUUCUCAAGGGGCUAAUCAGAAAAGGGGCGGAAGGAGGAAUAGGGAACGAGGGACAACCUGACCGUAGUGUGUGCAGCACGGAGGACUCAGUCUGGAAUUCCUUUCACAAGGGGGAGACUAACCAGCGGAGAAAUGGUUCUAGUCUUUUUCCAUUUCAUGAGGAUAUGGAUCCACGGGGGGAUUUCCUCUCCAGCGAGGCUGCAAAAGGUUCAAGAAGACGUCGCACAAGUAAUGAGGAAAGAUGCCCUCUUUUUGUGAAAGACUCACUAGGGGGUGCAAACUGUUUCUAUAACUCAGAUGAUUUUCUCGAAUGCACUCCGCACCUUAAAUUGACGCACCUUCUUUAUAAGUCCGACUCGGAAAGCGGCAGCGAGUUCUGCCCGGACGUGACUCCCUCUACUGCCUCCUCCCCCGAACGGCACUUUAAAGUGAAGAAGAGAAUAUCGGCGCCGAUUCGUUCAGUUCUCCAUUCAAACAUCGGUGCGAGCGAAAAGAGCAUAGAAAAACAGAAGAGACAGGGGAAAGGAAGGAGAUUAAAACUGUAUAAGCUACUUGCGAGGGGAUGUUCUAAGCUGGGCUGUGGCGGGUCCAAAGGAGAAGGUGCCCAAUCGAAUGAUCCCAGUGAAUCGACUGCAGAGUGUAGGGAUGUCCCGUGGGAGAGGGGAUAUUCGACACAGUGUGGAUCAAGGAAGGCGGCACUUGAUAGGAACACUCUCCGCGGGGAAGACGUUGCGGGGCCAAAAAAGGGAAUGGGAAGGAUGCAAAGGCAGAUGCGGAUGCAAAGACAGAUUCACAUGCAGAGACAGCUAACACGGAAAACACCGCUAACGGGGCAAACACCUCUAACAAGGCAAAUACCGCUAACAGAGCAGAUACCGCCAACCCUGAGACGCCUGCUGAGCUACUUAAAAUACAAAAACGAGAAGAACCAAAUAGAGUGCAUCUAUCAGUGGCGGAGUUAUCACUUAUUUGUUCUUCUUCAUCUGUUUGGCCUGCAAAAGUACAUAGCGACCUUCAAGUGCAACCAUAUGAAUGGCUUCCACUUUUUCACGCUCAAUCGGAAGAUUCUCAGAAUGUUGGGGGUGGAUAAACAUGAGCACAUUUACUUCCUGCUCAAUUUUGUAAACGCAUUUAGCAGUCUACAUAAUACGUACCUGAAGAUGCUCCUCCCCUGGGGGAACAUAAGAGGGGACUCAUUGGUAACCUUCAGCUCGAUCCCAAAAUCUGAGUUGUUUCUGCUCAGCCGAUUGGGCAGACACGGCUCUGGGAAGGCAUCAUACCUGUGUUACUAUGCGGACGCCCCUGUGAGGUUGAAAAUGUUUUCCGGGAAGGAGUGGAAAGCAUGCCGAUCGGGAACAGGGGCGUCUGGUGAGGAGCGAGAUGACAUACGAGAUGGUGACUCCAGUCCAGUUAGGGAGGACGAAUCGGGUGCUUCCCCCUGUGAUGAUGGCACCAUCGAAGGGGCGCUCACCCACUUGGGUAAUAACCCCCUCCUGAUCGCCCCGCACAAGUUUCUCUUCGAUGAAAGGCAGCUUAACAUCAUAGGGGAAAGCAUCUUAGAGCAUUGGGGCAGAAUCAAAGGUAACCUGGUCGGCCUGAAGAAGCUGGAAUCGCCUGAAAUGUCUAAGCGGUUGAGAAGAGGGGAUCUCCUCCAUCCAAGGGCCCAAGUGGAAGGAAAGAAACAGAAGGAGAAAAUUGAAAAUGAAGGAGCACAGGACGAAGCAGCAACCCUGAUGGAAAGGAUCCAACGAAGAACAGAAUUCAUGAAGGAGCAUUUCGUCCUCUCAAAUUUGAGGCACCCCAAUGUGAUCAAAUAUAUAGGCAACGUUAUAAGUAGGAAAAAGGAAAAGUUCGGUUUGGUUUUUGAGUUUCUCAGCGGGAUGUGCCUCCACGACGCGAUAUACACCGUAAGGGACGCUCCACAGGGGCAAAGACAAACGUGCGGAGCAGAGGGACCACGUGGGGAGAGCAGCAAGGGACUAACAGACGGGAAUAUUAUCAGACUUUUCUACGAAAUCGCGGCUGCCUUAUUUUACCUACAUAGCAAACGUGUGGUUCAUGGAAAUAUAAGCAGCAAAAAUAUAUUCGUGUCGGAAGACGGGGGAGGCAUCAAAUUGUGUAACUUUGAGAAGGCCUCCAUAGAGAGUUACUACGAUUAUAAGGUGAAUGCAUCAUCGGGGGGGAGUCCCUUCGACGAAUCAGACGACCCAUGGUACCGCCGGGGAAACAGUGAAAAGCGAAACCGCCAAGCAGGUGAUAUCAGUACGAGACAGGGAAGGAGCAAAGCUACCAGGAGGAAUAACAACCUGGAAGGGGAAAAAAUGAAUUUGCCUUUACCAUACAUAACCUCAAUCAAUGAAGUAAAAAAUAUAAACACCAUGAUGACCUCUCCUUUGCUACUGUUCCAGGGGAAAAAAUUCGACAGGCGAAAUGUCCGUUGCAGUGACCCCUAUGCCGCUCCAGAGAUAUUAAGAGAAGAAGAGUGCACAGAUAAGUGUGACAUUUACGCAUUUGGCGUCGUUAUGUAUGAAGUUCUGUUUGGUGGCCUCCCCUUCAUGAGUGACUACAUGCCAUCCUUCUUCUGGAUGGCUACUUGCUUUCACCAGAAAUACAUUUACAUCGAUGUGGACAAACUGCAUGGGAAGUUUCCUAAUAGGGAGCUGUUCCACUUGGUCGUGAGUAACGUCCUACUGGUCAUGCGGCAGUGCCUUAACCCGGAACCCACUUGUAGACCCGAUUCGGCGUACCUGUGCAGGAACUUCGGGCGUCUGGUCGAUCGGCUCACUUAG